GCAGGGGCAGGGGCCUUGGAGGCUGAUAUCUUACUUGCCACAGGUGACCGCGGAACGCCCCGAGACCCAGCUGGAGCCAAACGCUGAUUCUAGGAUGAAAAGCAAGCCCAGGUGCUGGAUGCAGCGCAGGAAGCGCUCCACAGCGCCUCCGCCCAGAGCCCGGUGUCAAUUGCGCGGGCGGGGCAACACCGGAAGGUGCGCUGGCUGGAAACCACAAAAGCCGGGCGCAGGCUUCGCCCGUGUUGUAGUCCCACAAGCGCGAACUCGUCUCGUCCCAGGGCUGCUGCUCCUAGCAUGGCGGGCCAGCCAGGCGCUGCGGUCCAGGGCGAUCAGUGGACGUCCGCCCAGUCCCUGGACGGGCUGGGGAUGCCGCCUUCCCUGCCGCGGAUUCGCACUCGGCCGUGGUGGUUUCCUGUGCAGGAACUGAGAGACCCGUUGGUGUUUUACCUGGAGGCAUGGCUGGCUGACUCUAUCUUUGGCCCAGACCGAGCCACAAUUCCUGAAUUGGAGUGGAUGAACCAGGUCCUGCUGACGGUGGACAUAGUAAACUCUGGGAGCUUAGUAGAAAUCACCAUUUUCGGACAGCCCCGUGUACAAAAUCGCAUGAAGAGCCUGCUCCUGAACUUGGCGUCAGGGUACCGAGAACAUCGUGCCCGAGAGGAGAAGAUGAAACAACUUGAGCAGUUUUUGAAGGCACGUGCGUCAGAUCCCCAGACUCCCCAGCUUCCUGUCGGAUAAGUACUGUCAGGAGCGUUAGGGGAACAGACCUGCUUCUGCUACUGAAGUUCAACAGAAGCAAUUAUCCUUACAUCUCAGCGUUCUUUUUCCUUUUACUUGAUGGAUAGUGGUUUGAUUAUUUUGAUGCAAAUGUGAAUGCUGUUGUAGUAAACAAAUGAAUUCCCCCUUUUGUUCGAUGGCACAAAGUACUUUGCUCAGUUAAAAUUAAAUU